AUGUCGCUCCCUACGCUCGUCGCCAACCCACCCACCGAGGUGCCUUCGCCCUUCAAGUUCGACUCUGUCCCCGAGGCCGUCGCUGCGAUCAAGAAUGGCGAGUUUGUCGUCGUCAUGGACGACGAGAACCGCGAGAACGAGGGAGACGUUAUUUGCUCCGGCAGCUCGUUGACCGCCGAGGGUAUGGCGUGGUUUGUCAAGUGGACUAGCGGCUACAUCUGCAUGUCACUGCCUCCCGCACGUCUCGAGGAGCUCCGCCUGCCGCCCCUGCUCACGGCUGCCGGCAGCAGCGAGGACCCCAAGGGUACCGCCUACCACCUGACACUCGACGCCAACGGCAAGAAGCACCCCGUGUCCACCGGCAUCAGCGCGCACGACCGCGCCUACGUCGCAAACCUCGUUGCCGGCGGUGCCAGUGCCGACGAGUUUACCCGCCCAGGACACAUGGUGCCCCUCAGGUAUACCACUGGCGGCACGCGCGAGCGUGUUGGCCACACCGAGGCCGCUGUUGACCUCUGCUACCUCGCCGGCGUCCCUCCCGUCGGCAUGCUCUGUGAGCUCGUCAACCCCGACGAGCCAGUGGGCAUGGCCCACCGCGACGACUGCUGGCGCUUUGCCCGCGCCUGGGGACUCAAGGUCAUCUCCAUCGAGGACCUGCAGGCGUACCUCAACACUCCCGCCGGUGACGCCGUUCCCCGAAAGUAA